GUGGUAUCAUGGAAUGAAGAUUUAGAAGAUUCAAGAAAAUAGUUCAGUUAUUUUCUAUGUACAUUUUUUAACAUAAUUAAUCACUAUAUCCAUAAAUACUAUUUUGUUUCUAUUUAGAAUAUUAAUUAUACUUAAUACAUUUACGAAUGUUAUAACUUAACAUUGUGAGUGGUAGUUUUCAAAAUAUAUUAGCAAAUUUGUUCUUACACUUGACUUAGACUUAGUCACUUACUCAUUAUUUGACUUAGUAGUACGUAGUAUUUGUAUAGUCUUAAUUUAGUUCAGUUACAUUAACUCACUGUCUCUACUAUUACUAUUACUCCUCUAGAACAACAGGAAUAUUCUAGAUCUAGCAGAAGUAAGAAGAACUAAUCAAGACUACUCUAAGUCUAUAAGUUAUAAGACUUAGUCUUAGACUUAAUAAAUAAAAGUGUAACUAACUAUAUUUAAAUAGACCUGAAUAAGUCCAAGUCAAUUUGUUUUUAUUUUGCCUAGUUACUAGUGGUUGCUUUAAAAAAAUAUUUUUUGGUGAAUCAGCACAUAGGCCUACAUAUAAAAUAUAUAAUAUAGAUAUAGGCAGUGUCUACACGUCCGGCGCGCCGGACGUAUAUCUCCCGCACUAUUUGUCCGGUGACCAAGUCACAUGACCGCUGUAACAAAGUGGCGAAAGAUAUCUUGUCGGUCAGCCUUGUCACGUUGACUGCGAAUGAUUCAAAACUUUAUUAAUUUUAAAAUCUAUUUCUCUACCAAGUAAUGUACUGAGUACCUUGAAUGCAAAUAAUAGAAAAAAACUUAAGUGAAAGUGGCUUGUAAACUUUUUUGUUUAGUUUGUUAUUUGAGUUUGUGUACCAGUAAUCCAUAAAAUAAAUUAGGGGCCAGUGUGGAGUAGGCAACCAAUAAAAGUAAAAGAUUUCAUUUUAAAUUGUUUAAAUUGCUACAAAAUAUUUAAAAACUUCUCAUGAAACAACUGUUGCUGAUGAACAUGAUAAUAUAAAUAUAGUAUAAAAUAUUUUUAAUUAAAAUGGGAAAAAAAAACGAUCCCCGGUAUUGAUCCUCAAAUCAUAAUAACGCCAAGCGUCCACUCUACCAUUAGACCACACAAGAUCCACCAAACCGCACUUCGUUCGGAAUUAUAAAAACUACUAGCCGUCCGGCGGUCACAUGACAUGCCGCCGGACGUAUAUCUUGCGCACUAUUUGUCCGGCGCGCCGGACGUGUAGACACUUCGAUAGAUAUAACUAUGACAUUUGACCAAGACACCUUACAAAAUGAAAUGACAUUAAAUAUUAUGUUUUGAUAAUAAUAACAUCACGUUAACAAAUGUGAACCAUAUUGUGCAGCUUAACAUUUUAACUACUAGUAUUUAUGUCAUUAAUUUUACAUCUACACCGCUAGAAAAUAUACUCUAUAUACUUCCUUUAUUACAUUUAAAUGAGCGUAUUGACAAUUUGUUAACACUGAUGAUUGGUGCCUAGGACGGCUGCCCCUUUUUUUUUGUUUGUUGUUGUUGCACAGUCUGAAGAAAUGUCAGGGUCAGUGGAAUCCUUAACUCAAUGCAACCCAAGCCAACACUCAAGUGUUAAAAAAACUAAUCAUUUUUUUAUGUUAUAUAUAAACCCCAAAGGUGCCAGCCGGUACCCGAUACUAUCAAGGAUUAAUUAUGAAUAUUUAGCCUUUACUUACUUUAUCAUUAUUUUUCUGCACAGUAGAAAAUAAGCUAAAUUGAGACUAGGUGUGCUCUGGACAUUUGAGGACAUAAAUUAUUAUUUUUUCUUUUAUGUUUGAUGUUUUUAUUUCUUUAAAUAGGUAAAUACAAGUUUAUGUAAAAUUCUAGAAAAUUAAAAGCAAUUUGCUUGUCUUUGUUCUGAAUCAAAUGCAGUUAUUAUGAUGCUUCCUUUCCUUGUAUAUUACAUUUUGUUAUUUACAUUUUUGGCCUGGUUCACAAAAUGUGAGUCCAGACAAUCAAGUUUCUACUGUGCUUCUGUUAUAGGUAUAGGACCCUAUAUCAUUUUUAUUUGGUUGUUAAAUUGUGGUACUAAGUAAAUUUCCAUUCAAUAUUUUAAUAAAGCUUUAUGAUUUAAAGAGAGUUAGCUAGCAGUGUACUUUGAUAUUAUUAUUAUUAUUUUAAAAAUAUUUUAAAAUAUUGUUUUAAAAAAUUUCUUCAAUAUUUUUUUAGAAUAUCAAGAAAUUACAAUUAUAAAAUUUGAGAAAGAAUUCCCUCAUGGAUAAACCUCAGAUCAUACUUCACAUUCAGAAAUCUGUAAACUAUACAUUGUAUGAUGCAAAGUGGAUUCCAUGCAGUGCAAAGUUUGUUACCCUUGGUAACUAUCCAAGGGGAACUGGGGCAAUUCAAAUCUAUGAAGUUUCUCAUGGAGAUGUCAAUGUUAUCAAAGAUGUAAGUAGAUAAAGUAAAAUGUACGUCCGUUUAGAUUGUACCUGUACUCAAAUAUCUUUUGAAUUUUCUAAAUUUUUCUAUUAAAAUCAACUUAAUUUUUAAGCUAAGGAAAUCUGUAAAAGCCCUUAACUGUUUGAUGGCUAUAUGUGUGUUGGAGUGAUUUUUGUAAGUGGCUUAUUGAAAUUUCAGACAUGGAUUAAGAUUAUUUCUUAUAAGGAUGCAUAAAAACACAAGUAUUCUCUUGUUUUUAUUUUUUAAAUUUUUUAAAGUAAACUAUUACAUCAAAUAGUAUGGAAAAUUCCAAUGAUCCUUUUUUUAAUUUUUAUUUAUCAGGUUGAAAAAUCAAAGUCUUUCAAAUGUGGUACAUUUGGAGCAUCCAGUUUGCAAAACAGACACUUAGCCACUGGGGAUUUCUCAGGAAAACUUCAAAUAUGGUAAAUAGCUUUAAAAGAAUUCCACUUAUAUAUUUAUUCUGCAAAUGGACCUAAUGUAUUAAACGUUGUAUUAAAAAGUUUUAAAAAUAAAUUUUAAGUGGUGUAGAAGGUGAAUUAAGACUGUCAUUAAAAAAAAAAAAUUAGAUCAUCAUAAAAAUAAAUCAUUGAACUUCUCCAGUAAGCAAUUUUUCUUUGGUUUCACUCCUAAGAAAAAAAUAUGAUAUAAGUCUAAUAAAGAAAAAAUAUCAUUUAGUAUUUCAAAUGUUAAAUUUGUGCUAUAUUUUUUCUAUAACCAUUGCAUAAAUAAACAGUUCAUUGCCUUUUUCGUUAUAUAUUUAAAAACCUAACUUGAACAAGAAAUGGAAAGAUGUCAUUACAUGCAUGGAAGUAUUAUCUUUCUUUCAAAACACUAGUGCAUGAAUUCACAUGAAAUUUUCUUUCAUUUUAUACUCAGGGAUCUAGAAACUUUGGAUCUGCCUAUCUUCUCAGCACAAGCUCACAAAGAAAUUAUUAACUGCAUUGAUGGGGUUGGUGGACUUGGAGUGGGUGAAGGUGCCCCCGAGUUGGUGACAGGAAGUAGAGAUGGCAAGUCAUUUACUUUUAUUUUAAAUAGAUGCUUGACUAUUUCGUUCAUUCUCUUGAUUAUUUUUGCCUACAAAUCUUGGCUGAAAUACACAAUAAAAAUUUAUUAAAAAUUUGAGAAAAAGAAAAAAACUAUAAUUGAAUUGAUGAUUUAAGAAAUUUUGAUGUAAAAUGUUCUGCAAUAAAUAUUUUACUUACAAGAAUUUAAAUUUGUAUUAAAAAGUAAAAUUAAUUUAAAAAUAAUUAAAAAAUUAACUUUCUGUUCAUAUUUAACUUUACAAGGUCUUGUUAAAGUGUGGGAUCCUAGACAGAAAAAUGACCCUGUGGCUACAAUGGAGCCUGGAGAAGGGGAGGCAAAACGAGACUGUUGGGCUGUUGCAUUUGGUGAAUCUAAGUUAUAGCUCUAAUUUAGGGAGUGUCUGAAUAAAAAUUUUAAAAAUCUAGUUCCGUGUAUUAUAAAUAAUUCUAAUAAUAAAAUAUUUCUGCUGGGAAUGUAAAUCUUCAUGAAAAACUGAUUCAGUAACCAACAACUAUAAAUUCUUACUAUUAGUAGUUACAAACUACCUCUGAACUAUAUUGGACAUGGGCCUUAUCUUUAUCAAAUACAAGUUAAAAACUUGUGUGUUCUUUGAUAAACAUGAUUCUUUAUAUAUAAAACUUUAAAUGAAAUACGUAUAAUUCUCAACAUAUGAUGUGCGCUUAACUAAAACCAAUUGAAUCAUCAGGGGACUCCUACAGUGCAGCAGACAGAUGUGUAGCAGCUGGAUAUGAUAAUGGAGAUGUAAAACUUUUUGAUUUGAGGAAUAUGGCAUUGAAGUGGGAAACCAAUGUUAAAAAUGGGGUAAGAAAAUAAUUCCUCAAACAGCAGUUCUCCUCUUCAAAUGUUUGAAAAUUUUCCAACAACUAAAAUGAUAACUUGUUAAUAUUGAUUUUCAAUUCUGGUUCAUUCCCACAUGGCAGGUUUGCUGCUUAGAAUUUGAUCGUAAAGAUAUUCAGAUGAACAAACUUGUAGCGACAACAUUAGAGUCCAGGUUUCAUGUUUUUGAUAUGAGAACACAGCACCCAAGUAAAGGCUAUGCAAGCCUAGUGGAGAAGGUACAUCACAUGUCAGAGUCAUAUAUUAAGCUUUAGAAAAUGUUUUGACAUAAUUGUAUGCUAUGCUGACAACUUCUUCAAACCAAAAAGUAUAAUGCUCAGAAAUAAAUUGAUGUAGUGUGUGGAAAAAUCUGAUACAUAUCUUUUGCCAGAUAUAUAAGAGAUACUUAUACCCAUCAUGCCAAUUAAAUUCAAUCGAACCACAUCAUAGACAUUAAAUAGUUACUGUCCUUUUACGUUUACAGGCUCAUAAAUCUACUGUUUGGCUUGCAAGGCACUUACCUCAAAACAGAGACAUUUUUAUGACACUGGGAGGAAAUGGUUCCCUGAACUUAUGGAAAUAGUAAGCUUGUUCUACACAUUUUUUAUUAAAUCUAAAUAAAGAUCUGCAUUCUUAAACUAUGAUAAUUUGUUAUAGGUGAAAGUAUUAUUACCUUUCUUAUUUUAUAGGGAUGAUGUAUUAUAACAGCACAUUUUCUUUUAAUAACUUUUUGACUAUGGAAAUACAUUAGUUUCCCAACUUUUUUAAUGAACAGUUUUAAUUUAUUACACAAUCAUAUUUUAAGUUUUCCAUUGAGGCAGGAUUGCUGUUGCAUUUAACAUUAACAGUUUAACAAUAAAAUUUAAUUCAGUAUAUCAAUGGUUGAUACUAAAAUUUUGUUGAACCCAUUGAAGUGCUGUUAUCUCAACAAAAAUACAAACCACCACUUACAGGAAUGGUACAUUCCUAAGACCAAUACAAACUCCACAUUUUACAGCAAUGUUACAUUCCUAAGACCAAUACAAACUCCACAUUUUACAGCAAUGGUACAUUCCUAAGACCAAUACAAACUCCACACUUUACAGCAAUGGUUAGAUUCCUAAGACCAAUACAAACUCCACAUUUUACAGCAAUGGUACAUUCCUAAGAACAAUACAAACUCCACACUUUACAGCUAUGGUACAUUCCUAAGACCAAUACAAACUCCACACUUUACAGCAAUGGUAUAUUCCUAUAUUCCUCAGCUCAUACCCAUCAGCUCGUUCAAAAAAGGAUUCAGAAGGGGUUGAAAUGGGAGUGGCUGGAACCGUUGAUUUGUUACAGAAUGUAACUCUGUCCACUCAGCCGGUCAGCAGUUUUGAUUGGAGCCCUGACAAAAUGGGUCUAUCUGUUUGCACAUCAUUUGAUCAGACACUUCGUGUUAUUAUAUGUACAAAACUCAACACCUUAUGAUGCAUCUGCUGAUAAUUGCUAAUUUUGAAAAGUAUACAUUUUCUUUCUUUAUUCCCCUGAAGAUAUCCUUUUUUUGUCAGAAGUAUUAAAGAACAUGUUCAUGAAAUUCAUUUAUGAAUUGUUGUUUUUCACUUAAGUCAGUUCACAAUGAUGACGCAUAUUGUAAUUUCAUUCAAACACUUUAACCCUUUCGCUACCACUGGGUUGGGCCCCCGCCCCCUAGCUUUUUGCUGACUCAGCAUUAAAAAAAAAUUUCCGGUAUAUUUCAUUCUCUAUCCGAUUCACUUUUUAACUUCUCUAUAGAUCAAUGAAUAAGGAAAUAUAUAGCAUUGAAAUAUGACGUCGAUGUGACGUCCUUGGUAUUUGAGAAAAGUUCUUGACUUUUUGUUAUGACGACAAUGUGAUGUCCUUGGUAAUUGAAAGUGGGUGAUCGUG